UAAUCACCGCCUGAUCAACCUUCAAAGCGCAUAUAAACUUUGAUUCGUGAACGUCCAGGCUGGGCCUGUGGAAUAAUAUUGCAAUGUCGAACAGCGCUGCAUAUGCAGUGCCCCAGGUGAAAAAGACCUCUGCCACUACGACAUCAAAAACUACUUUUCAUUUCGCCGCUGGCCUUUGUUCCGGUCUCAGCUCCGCCAUCCUCCUCCAGCCAGCAGACCUUCUCAAGACUCGAGUCCAGCAGUCUCAGAACGCCGCGCUUCUACCGACAAUAAAAUCCAUUAUCUCUUCCCCGAAUGGAAUUUGCGGCUUAUGGCGUGGAACCCUUCCCUCCGCACUCCGCACAGGCAUCGGCUCAGCGCUCUAUUUCACAAGUCUCAAUGCCCUACGACAAGGGUUAGCGCAUACCGGAGUCCCGGUCGCCCUCUCCAGCGCAGGCGCAAACGGUAAAGGUAUGGCAUCUUCGUCUGCCCUUCCAAAGCUGUCGAACUCGGCCAACCUUGCCACGGGUGCGGCCGCUCGCGUUGCGGCGGGAUUUGUGAUGAUGCCCGUCACCGUGCUAAAAGUACGCUAUGAGUCGACUUAUUACGCAUAUGGCAGUCUGUACAGCGCAGGGCGCGAUAUCCUUCGUACAGAAGGUGUCCGAGGACUUUUCGCUGGGUUUGGGGCAACCGCUGCACGUGAUGCCCCGUACGCAGGGCUCUAUGUUCUCUUUUAUGAGCAGUUGAAGCGGCGCUUCGCAUCGCUGGCCGACUCGGGUACUGGUGAUCAAUCGCUAAAGUCAUCCUCUUCAUCAAUCAACUUUGUCUCUGGAGCAUUGGCGGCUGGCCUUGCUACUGCGAUUACUAACCCGUUUGAUGCGGUCAAGACUCGACUGCAACUUAUGCCGAACAAGUACGGAAACAUGAUGCGAGCGGUGAAGAUGAUGAUUCAUGAAGAUGGCGUGCGGAGCUUGUUGGGCGGCUUAGGGUUGCGUAUCACCAGAAAAGCGCUUAGUUCAGCACUCGCUUGGACAGUGUAUGAAGAGCUGAUCCUUUAUGCGGAGAAGCACUGGGCAUCAAGGGACUAGGUGCUAGGUGUCUGUAUAACCAAUAACCUAUAUCUUUAUUUUGCUCGAGCAUUUAUUUGGGAGUUUGGGUUGGAUCAUAAAGGAGUUUGGGUAUACAUCGUGGCAAUCAUCAUUGUAUCAUAUAUAGG